AUGUCCCUUCAAGUGAACCUCUCAAGCAGAGAAAUCUCUGAUGCAUAUCAAAAUGUGAUCAAUGCGAGGGGAAUUGACUGGGUCAUCUUCACGUAUGAGGGUGGUACCAAUGAUCUGAAAGUUCAAGCCUCAGGUCACGGCGGCUUGGGGGAACUUGAGGAGGAGUUCUCUGACGGACGAAUGCAAUAUGCUUUUGCGAGGGUAGUGGAUCGAAAUAGUAACCUGCCGAAGUUCGUUCAAAUCAACUGGUGCGGUGACGGAGUUCCCGAAGCGAAGAAAGGACUUUUCCACACCCAUUCCAAUUCUGUGGCCAAGUUUUUACGUGGGGCACACGUCGUGAUUAGUGCUCGAAAUGAGAGCGACGUCACUCCUGCGUUAAUCAUGUCUCGAGUAGAAGCAGCGUCUGGAGCAAAGUACUCUUCACACAAAGAGCAGCCAAGGAAAUUUGAGCCGAUCGCUCCUGUGGGAUCAAGUUAUACACCCGUAGGAAAGGUCGACAUCUCUGCAUUGAAGAAAGCCCCUCCACCCGCAGCCAGACCUGCCUUUUCAGCUUUACCCGCCAAGCCGACUUUUGGAUCUUCGAAACCUGCCUCUUCUGCAGGUUCCCUGUACGGCAGAACGGUUGUCACUGGAUCUGCCCCUGCAGAUGCGUGGCCAGAGGAGGCUCCCAAAGCAACUGCGCCUCCCAAACUUCCUACAGCGAGCCGGCCACCUGUUCUUCCAACCACAUCUCGCCCCGCCUUUAGUGCAAUGCAACCAGCUUCGCCAGCCUCGAUUUCAACUCCUCCAGCUCGCGUUUCACCUGCAUUUACUGCUUCACAACCAUCGCCUCCACCCCGUAUCAUCACCCACGCUGCAGUAUCAUCUACUACGCCCUCAAAACCAGAAGAGCAAGAUAAAAUCGAACCCACGAAAAGUGCUUAUACCCCUGUAUCCCUUCCCACUCCCAAGAAACUCAAGAACCCGUUCUCGGCCUUCGGGCAACAAUCAGCGUCCACGCCCUCCCCGAGCUCGCCGUCAGCUGGAGGUGCGAAAAAGUUGACUUGGAGUGAAAGGCAGGCUUUAGCGAAGAAACAGCAAGAGGAGGAAGAAGUCAGAAGUCGGAGUGCGGCGUAUGUCGCCCCAGCUGCGAGUCCUGUUUCGAAACCUGUGUUCCCGUCCAGUGCGCCUGCUUUUGGGAGGGCUACCGUCUCGCGAGGCGCCCCAAAAAACUUUGGGGGACUUCCCUCAGCUGGUGGUGUAGUCGCUGCUGCUGGUACUGUUGGUGCUGCGGCUGCUGUUGCCGUGUCGACUGCGGACGUCAGAGCCGCAAGAGAUGCAGUUCAAGAAGCGGCUUGGGGAACGGAAGAGGAGCCUGAGCCUGAACAGCCUGAAUAUGAACAACCAGAGCCCGAAGAGCCAACCGAGGUUGAAGAGGUAUACGAACCUCCGCCGCCGCCGCCGCCUCCUCCUCCUCCUCCUCCCGCAUUUGCAACACCUCCGCCUCCACCACGGUUUGAACCUCCUCCAGCAGCGACUUACGAGCCUGAACCGGAGGAAGAGUCACCACCACCACCACCACCACCACCUCCUCCUCCUCCAACAUUACCACCAUUCCAACCGCCCGUUGCCCAGAUGGCUGCCGCAUCAAUCUCUGAACCUACGCCAGCUGUGAAAACACCAUCAUUUGCUGGGAAAGGAGUCGUCGCCGUAGUUCUUUAUGAGUACGAAGCUACGGAAGAUAAUGAGCUAAAUUUGGCCGAAGGCGACUUUGUUGAACACAUUGAGGAAAUCGAUGAGGGGUGGUGGUCCGGUGUUGGACCUGAUGGAAAGACUGGCCUUUUCCCCUCUAAUUAUGUUGAACUUGUUCAUCAACCCGACGAUGUCCAGGAGGAACAGGAGCCAGAGGCAGAUAUCCCUCCGCCUCCGCCUCCUCCGCCACCUCCCCCGCCCCCUAUGGCCCCGAUUGCGCCAGUGCUACCACCGCCUCCCCCUCGCGCGCCUACCCCACCGCCUCUUCCAGCUGCUGAUGGUAUAACGGCCAUCGCAUUAUAUGACUACGACGCUGCGGAAGAUAACGAGAUCACCUUCCGUGAGGGAGAUAGGAUAACUGAGAUUGAACCUGCCUCAGAAGAUUGGUGGCAGGGCCAGAAUCAGAAUGGGGAGGUUGGGUUGUUCCCAGCGAAUUAUGUGGAGGUGCAAGAGUAAGUAUAUUUGAUAGAGUACAAUAAGGAUUGUCGUAUCAUCGAAUUUGAAAUACGAGAACUU